UAAAAAAAUGUAUUAUUGAAAAAUGAAAAAACAAAUUACUACGUUACUAUAAUAAAUUGUAUAGAUUACAUACAUCUACUUUGUUAUGACAAAAAAAAAACAAAUAUUUAUAUUGUUUAUUUAUCUGGAUUUGUACUGGAUUCAAAAUAUUGUAACAAUGCAUCGAAGAAUAUUUGAAAACAAACUUGGAUAUUAUGCUCCUAUUACAGUUGACAUUUUAUCUUCACCAGAUGUAGGAAUAGUGAAUGACUUAAUAAGCGUGGAUGAUGCCGUAGCAUUAGAUUUAUCUGAAGAAUUAAAUGUAACAUUUCGAGUUGCCCCUUCUGAUGUGUACCAUUUAACUAACGCGUAUCGGUAUAAUUUUAAUACGUCAUGGGCGAAAAAUUGUCCUGAAGUAACAUGGAAAGUUAAUAAAAAUGCUUCUUAUACCAUACUACUUAUUGAUAUGGAUUAUCCAUGGGGACGUGAUACAUCACACAAGACAGAAAAAAAUCAAUUUAUUCAUUGGCUAGCAACUCAUAUAGAAGAUCCACAUCAAAUUGAAUCGACUCCAAUUAAGUAUAUAUCUCCAAAAAUUCCUGAAAAAUCUAACAAUAGUCAUCGGUAUGUAUUCUUAUUAUUGGAAGAAAAUAAUAAAAGCAUUCUCGUAACCGAAACUCUAAAAAAAAAAGUUUCAGAAUCAGGUCAAGAAUACAUUGAUAGAGAAAAUUUUAAUUUGACAUAUUUUCAAAAUGCUAACAAUUUAAGUCUUGUAACAUUGAACUAUUUCAUUUCAAAUUUUUAAGCAACUAUAAAUUUCUUUUUUUUAGUUUGCCAACAGUUAGGUUUUCUUCUUGAUUGCUCCAAUAAUUUUUUUGUAGUAACGACAAAAACGAUUUUUUGAUAUUUCUUGAUAAAAAGAUAAGACUUUACGUAAUUGUAG